CACAGUGCCCGUAGGCAUUCAGUUAACCAGCGCGCAGCUGCGAAGGAACCUGAGAGCGAACCGAGGCUCCGGCCCUGGCUCCGUACUGCGCCUGCCUGCGAGGUGCAGCCGGGCUCUAGAAGCGUGAGUGCACUGCGCAUGCCCAGCCAGCUUCCAGAACCUUCUGUGGGGAAGCAUCUUGCGCCGCUCGUGGCCGUGUUGGGUGUUUCUGCUACCUCCGCUGCUCCCCGCCGAGAAGCCCGUCGAGAGGAAAGCUCUCAGUGUCAACAACCUCCUAUCCUGAAGACACCCUCACCACAACUGAGAGAGUGGGGAAACAGUGAGACCUAGCAUCAUUUAAAACUCCACAAGGAGAAAAGCCAGAAGAGAAAAAUGAAGACAGGACAUUUUGAAAUGGUCGUCGUGCUGUUGGCACCUAUGAUUCUAAUGGACAUCCUCCAGGUAAAAGCUGAAAUGUUAGAUAUGGCAGAUAAUGCAUUUGAUGAUGAAUACCUGAAAUGUGCUAACCGGAUGGAAAUCAAAUAUGUUCCUCAGCUGUUCAAGGAGGAAAAAGCAAGCCUCCAGCUUUUAGAAGACGUGUGGGAAAAUGCAGAAGCCAAGUGGGAAGCUCGGAAGCCUCAGCUCUUUCUCCCUGUGAAUUUCAAGGAUAACUAUGGUAUUGCCCUGAUGGCCUAUAUUUCUGAAGCUCAAGAGCAGUCUUCCUUUUACCGUCUGUUCAAUGAAGCUAUGGAAAUGGCUGGCCAGUCUCGAAAAGAUUAUGUCUAUGGCUUCCAGUUCAAAGCUUUCCAUUUUUACCUGACAAAAGCUCUGCAGUUGCUGAGAAGAUCUUGUGAGAACAGUUACAAAAACGUGGUGUACAGCGUAAGGCUGAAUACUUCAUUUACAUUUGGAGGGCUGAACCAAGCCCGACUUGGCCAUUUCACCUUGGCGUAUUCAUCCAAACCUCAAGCUGCUGAUGACCAACAUGUUCUGUUAACCAUCAAAACAUGUUUUGGAGUUGCCGUUGAAAAAUUUUUUGAUAAAGAAAGUGAAAGAAUUGUUUUAAUACCUCUGAAUGAGGUUUUUCAUGUGUCACAGGAUGAGGCUGGCAAUAACCUUAUCCUUCAGAGCACAAACAAGACCUGCAGCCACUAUGAGUGUGCGUUUCUAGGUGGACUAAAAACUGAAAGUUGUGUUGAGAACAUGGACUAUUUUCAACCUGUCUACAACCCUGGUGAGGAAAACCAGAAGCUGGAAAACCCUGUUCCUAUUCUCAUCUUUAGAAAUGAAAAGCCAGGAAUCCACUGUCUUUCCUGGUAUGAAAAGCCAGGAAGCCACCCAGAUACCUGGAAUGAAAAUUCCAGAAUCUUUUUCACUACCUGCUCCAGCUCCAGCAGUUCCAGUUCCAGGUCCCAAAAGCCAUCCCUCUGCAUCUUCUGGCAAAAUGCUCCUUCCCCAGUGUGGGACAUUCAUCAUUUUAAUCAGUGUUUCUGCUAUAAAUCUUGGUCGCUCUGUAGUCUGAUACAUUCUUUACUUGUACUUUACAUUGUACUUGAAAUACAACUACAGGUAUCCCACAGAAAUCAUCAAAGGGAAUGAUGUAUUUUUCACUUGUUGGUCAACAUUCAGUUGAUAAAACGUGAAUUUGUUAUUCACUUAGCAAAUCUGGUAGUAAACCCAGAUAUCAUAGAAUUUGUUUUUCACUUAUUUCUAUAUUAAUUUUAUGAUUGUAAAAAAAACUGUAUACUUUUAAUUCAAUAAAAGACCUUUAAUUUCA